AUGGAGAACCAAAGCGGAAGCGGAAGCGGAAGCGCCGUGAUGAAGCUCCUGCUCGAGCAGAAUAAGGUGGCAAAUCAAAUCACCAAGAGAAUAGUGGACGCCGCUAUGAAGAGCCGGGGAAACGCGAAGGCUGUGAUGGGGCUUCUACUCGAAGAAAAGAGAGUGAAUUUUCAAUUCAUUGAUGAGGCGCUCAAGGAGUAUACCCGGGAGAACCAGUAUCCGAAACGAAUCUCUCCCAGGAUGACAAACGGAGGGAUGAAAUCGAAGUCGCCAAACAGCUUCUUUAUGCUGCUACGGUAG